UUGUUCAAAUACAACCCAUUUUGCGUUUGCGAGUAGGUGAAGGACACAGCUGAGAGCGACUGACCCUGUAAACACACCAGGUGUCCUUGUUGACUGCACUCACGCUGGACAGCUGAUUCGUUAGCCUUGGUCUUCUCACAAGGGAAUAUGAGCCAUUUCCGCUACUGUCGGUCCUAUGUUGGCCCCGUGAGGGCAUGCAUCCUAGACUGGAGCGGUACCACUGCUGACAAGUACGUCUUGGCACCAGCAGUAAGCUUUAUUGAAGUCUUCAAGAAAUUCAAAGUACCCAUCUCAAUGGAGGAAUCACGGGAGCCAAUGGGUUUGCGGAAAGAUCUCCAUAUUAAGGCCAUCACCAAGAUGCCCUCAGUCCAGUCUCGAUGGAGGAAGGUUUAUGGUAGAGAUCCAACGGACAAGGAUGUGGAUGAUAUGUUCCAAACCUUUGUACCCAUUCAGCUGGAUGUGCUUCGCCAAUACGGCCAACUGAUCCCAGGGACAAAGGACUCGGUGGAUGAACUCCGAAAAGAUUUUGGGUGCAAGAUCGGUGUCACGACAGGUUUUCUGCGAUCUAUGGUCGAUAUCCUCCUUGAAGAAGCUAAGAAACAAGGCUAUGUUCCUGAUGCCACAGUUGCAGGGGAUGAGGUAGUCAACGGUGCACGUCCCAAGCCAUUCAUGGUUUAUCGAAACCUCGACCUUCUGGACAUCCAUCCUAUCCAGUCGGUGGUUAAAGUUGACGAUACAAUAUCAGGGAUAGGGGAGGCUCUGGAAGCAGGAUGUUGGGGAGUGGGCCUGGCUCGGUACAGCAACUACAUGAAUGUGGAUAGCCUUGAGCAAGAGGCUGAGCUCUCGGAUGAGGACAUCCAAGACAGAUUGCAGAAAACAAGAGACAUUCUGAGGAAAGCCGGCGCUCAUUAUGUUGUUGAUAGUAUUGUUGAUCUACCUGAUGUUGUGAAGGAUAUCAAUGCUAGACUGGCAGCAGGAGAGUCGCCUUGAGUUCUUCCUUUGGGUCGACAACCUUGUCUUUACAUCCACAAUGGUGGAGUCAAAUCUACAGAUGUAAUGAUGAGUUAUCAGAUUGUGAUUGACUGAUGAAUGUUGAAUGUUCAUGUAUGAGGCAUGGGUAACUGGUUUAGUGGAUGAUUAUUUGUAACAGAGAUAUCCAAAGAUGUUAAAAUUAUGAAGAAUGAUGAUUAUUAUUAUUGUUUUGUAAAUCUUUUCAAUAGUAUGAGAGUAUCUCUUAUGUUAGUAGGUGCCAAUUAUUAUUAUUAUUAUUAUUAUUAUUAUUACUAUUUUUAUAUUUAUAAUAAUAAUAAUAAUGUCUUCUUUUGAGCAUUGAACUUUUAAUCCUUCUUAUUCAGGUGAUAUUUGGAAGGAAUACUCAGUGACAAUUAGAACCAGAAACUGAAACACCAAGAAACUUCUAUGUGGGGAGGAAAGUUGGUUGUCCUAUUUGUGGUCAUUGUGACUACUUCACAGAUGUGUACACACUACAUUCCUCCAUCACCGAUGACUACAUUGGACACACUUCUGGUGUAUUGGUGAAGGAUGUCUAAUUUUAGUCAGCUCAUGAAAUGAGGCUGUGUGUAACCUACAGGAGUGAAAUGAGCUCUACUCCAUGCAUGAACUGACCACUGCCUGGCACUAAGGCUUUGUGUAGAACAUGAUGUCAAGUGAAAACAUUGCUGUUUGUGAGAUGUAGUCCGAGUGCUCAUUGGUCUGUGCAUUUGCUGGUUUAGCUCUAACUAAACAAGGUCUUUGCAGGAUUUGUUAUUAAUAGGUACUACACAGCCAUGUGGCCAUAAAUUAUGUAGUCAUUGGGGAUAAUAUAACUUUGUGUGUGCAAACCUGUACAGAAUUGACCAUGUAUUUUGUUUGUCUGGAAUAUUUCAAACUCUUGCUCAUGGAAGUUUGUUCCAUAUAUAUACAUGAAUGGAGAUAAAGAGAUAUAAGAUAAAGACUGGAUCUCUGUUACAGUACACCACAGCAUUAUUACAGAUAAAGAGUAGUUCUCUGUCACAAGACAAUGUCUUUCAACAGUAUUGAUGCAGGUAUAAACAGUGUUCAUUGUAUAUCUUGACUUAUGUUUGUAAUCUAUUCUAUUAAUUUUAUUCAAAAUUUCAGUCAAUAUUAUUACCAUUAAUUUUUGUGAAAGGGUGUGAUUGGCAGAUCGCACCAACUCACUAUUAUUAACAGCAACCACGAUCAGAUCCCAGCAACUGGAACAUUGAAAUAAACCUUAGUUGUCAAACAAUGGCUACAUACAUAUGAUUAGCAAUCUCAUUAAAAUCAUAUCUCAGUUCUUGCUGCCGCUAAACAAAGAUCUGAGGACAUCCCAUUAUGGGUCACAUCAGGACGACCUUUCGCAAACUUUGACCGACGACUGAAAUUAUGUCAGCCAAGUCGACAUCAGCCAAUUAGAAAGCAGCUUUCUCGAGCUUUACGGCACUCGUUUCAACCUAGCGAAUUCCAUUUCUGUCUACGCUUGAAAAAUAUUUUGACACAGUUCUCGAUUAAUAUUUUGAAA